CCCUCCCCUGCCCUUCCUCCUCAACCCACCCACCUCCCACCCCACCACCGCGUGGUCCGUCUCGCUCGCUUGGAGUCAUUGAUCCAAGGACCAUAUCGCCCGAUCCAUCCUGCGGUGCCUCGCCUCUGAACGAGAACGCGUCUUGCUGCCUCUGAUUACUUAUUCACUAUGUGCUCCGGACCUCGCAAGCCGUCGACCCCGCCGCUGCCGGCGGCGACGCCCAAGGACUCGGCGGUGAUGGCGGCCCUGCUCCUGGAGCUGGCGGCGGCGGACGACGUCGUGGCGUUCCGGCGCGCCGUCGAGGAGGACAAAGUCUCGGCCUUGGACGCCGCGUGCCAGUGGUACGGCCCCUCCGCGGCGGGGGCCCGGCUGCGCCUCGAGCUGCGCACGCCGGCCAUGGUCGCCGCGCUCUACGGCAGCACGGCGGUGCUGGCGUACGUGCUGUCCACCGCGCCGGCCGAGGCGGCGCGCGCCUCGCCCACGGAUGGCGCCACGCCGCUCCACCUCGCCGCGGCCGGCGGCGCCGCGGGCGCCGUCGCGGCCGCGCACCUCCUCCUCGCCUCGGGCGCGUCCGCGGACGCGCUCGCCUUCUCGGGCCUCCGCGCCGGCGACCUCCUCCCGCGCGCCAACGCCGCCGCCGAGAGGGACAGGGCUCUCCGCGUGCUGCUCAAGUCCCCCGCGGUGUCGCCCUCUUCCUCCCCCAAGAAGUCGGCCUCGCCGCCGCCUGCCCCGGAGCCGAGGAAGGAGUACCCUCCCGACCUCACGCUCCCGGACCUCAAGAGCGGCCUCUUCAGCACCGACGAGUUCCGCAUGUACAGCUUCAAGGUGAAGCCCUGCUCCCGCGCCUACUCCCACGACUGGACCGAGUGCCCCUUCGUGCACCCCGGCGAGAACGCGCGCCGCCGCGACCCGCGCCGCUACUCCUACAGCUGCGUGCCCUGCCCCGAGUUCCGCAAGGGCGGCGCCUGCCGCAAGGGGGACAGCUGCGAGUACGCGCACGGCGUGUUCGAGUGCUGGCUCCACCCGGCGCAGUACCGGACGCGCCUCUGCAAGGACGAGGUCGGCUGCGCGCGGCGCAUCUGCUUCUUCGCGCACAAGCCCGAGGAGCUCCGCGCCGUCAACCCCUCCGCGGUCUCCGUCGGCAUGCAGCCCGCCGUGUCGUCGCCGCGCUCCUCGCCGCCCAACGGGCUCGACAUGGGCAUGCUCAACCCCGCGUGGCCCUCCUCCCCGGCGAGCAGGCUCAAGACCGCGCUCGCCGGCCGGGAGCUCGACUUCGACCUCGAGCUGCUCGCGCUGGACCAGUACCAGCAGCACAAGCUGUUCGACAAGGUGUCCUCGCCGAGGGCCAGCUGGGGCUCGGCCGGCGGGAUCGGGUCGCCGCUGCCCGCCGCCGCGCCCGCCAGAACCGUGCCGGACUACACGGACCUGCUCGGCUCCGUCGACCCGGCCAUGCUGUCCCAGCUCCACGCGCUGUCGCUGAAGCAGGCCGGCGACAUGCCGGCGUACAGCUCCAUGGCAGACAACCAGCUGCACAUGCCGACCUCUCCCAUGGUGAGCGCCAACACCGCCUUCGGGCUCGACCACUCCAUGGCGAAGGCCAUCAUGAGCUCCCGCGCCUCGGCGUUCGCCAAGCGCAGCCAGAGCUUCAUCGACCGCGGCGGCCGCGCGCCGGCCACCCGCUCGCUCAUGUCGCAGGCCACCACCGGCGCCCCGUCCAUGCUCUCCGACUGGGGAUCGCCGGACGGCAGGCUGGACUGGGGCGUCCAGGGCGACGAGCUGCACAAGUUCCGCAAGUCCGCGUCCUUCGCUUUCCGCGGGCAAUCCCCGGCGCCGGUGGCAGCCCCCACCGAGCCAGACGUCUCAUGGGUGAACUCUCUUGUCAAGGACGGCCACGCCGGCGACAUAUUUGCGCAGUGGCCGGAGCAGGAGCAGAUGGUGGCCUAAUUCAUCGAUCAUCGUUGGCUCAUAGCAUCUUGCUGACCAAAGUUCUUUCCUUCAAUUAUUUUUCCCCUUUGUUUGCUCAAUUUGAUUCGUACGAGAUGUUUUUUAGUACAUAUAUAUAGGCUGUUCACAAUAAUUAUAUUUGUUCGUCGACAAGAAGCAUGGAUGCCCAAAGGGAGCUUUAUACUGAUGAAGAACAGCCAGUGUUUACUCGUUUCUUUCUUUUAUUUCUCCUCUCAACGGUUUAUAAAUAGAGAUGUACACAGGAAUUCCAACAAGAGUUUAUUUACUCUACUACUUGAUAUAUGAAAGAUAUCUGGAGAGCAGCAAAGAUUUGAUUCA